UCAGCGGGUCAGCGCGUCUGAGUGGCUGUGGGGUCGGCGCCGCCCGCGGUUAACGGCGCUGGUGGCGGGAAGCUUGAGUUCCUGGUGCGCCGAGCCGCCGCGGCGAUGUGUAGUGCGUUCCAUAGGGCUGAGUCUGGGACGGAGGUCUUCACUGUCUCCUGCCUGUUUCGUGCUACAAGCUCCAGCAAUUCAGCUCUGCUUAUCGUUUGCCUACACACAGUGCUGUUGCUCCUUGCCCGACUUGAAGGUAGAAGUUCCUUGAAAGAAAUAGAACCCUAUCUGUUUGCUAAUGAAGAUUCACCUGUGCUUGGUGAUAUUCUUGAAUUUCAUGGUCCAGAAGGAACAGGAAAAACAGAAAUGCUUUAUCAUUUAACAGCACGUUGUAUACUUCCAAAAUCAGAAGGUGGACUGGAAGUAGAAGUCUUGUUUAUUGAUACAGAUUACCACUUUGAUAUGCUUCGGCUCGUUACAAUUCUUGAGCAUAGACUCUCCCAAAGUUGUGAAGAAGUAGUCAAACGUUGCCUUGGAAGAUUUUUUUUGGUAUAUUGCAGUAGCAGCAUCCAGUUACUUCUCACACUUCACUCACUAGAAGCUAUGUUCUGUGGUCACCCCUCUCUCCGUCUUUUGAUCGUGGAUAGCCUGUCGGCUUUUUACUGGAUAGACCGGGUCAAUGGAGGCGAAAGUGUUAACUUACAGGAGUCCACUCUGAAGAAGUGUUCGCAGUUCUUAGAGAAACUUGUAAAGGAGUACCGCUUGGUUCUUUUUGCAACAACACAAAGUAUAAUGCGGAAAACCUCGCACUUAAGAGAAGGGCCUUCCUCUGCCUUCAGUCAUCUGAGCGACGCGGGUGUGGACUACAGACCUUACCUCUGUAAGGCCUGGCAACAAGUGGUAAAGCACCGGAUUUUCUUCUCCAAAGAUGAUUCUAAAACCAGCAACCAAUUUUCUUUAGUUUCACGUCAUUUAAAAAGUAACAAUUUAAAAAAACAUUUUUUUAUUAUUGGAGAAAGUGGGGUUGAGUUUUGUUCAUAUGUAUCAUAAAAUGGUCUUUUUGCAGGAUGGUGUGCAAGUUUUAAAAAGUCUUUAAUAGGCUGAAGUGAUUCCAUUCUGAAGUUUUAAACCCCAGGGGAAUUAGCAUAACAGUGUUUCUACACAGAAUGGAUUUCUUAAUCUAGCACAGUAAAACUUCAGACUAUUCUGUACCUAGGUUAUUGAAGAUUAGUCAAAAUUAUAUUGACAAUUAAAUUGUAUGUUAAGCUUGUUUUUAAACUAAAUAAAUAAUAUACACAUUUCAGCCUAAA